GUUUAGUUCAGACAUCAAAUUUGAGAACCAAAACCUGACUGCAUUAGUCUCUGAAAACUUGGAAAAGGUCAUAAAGCGAAGACGACCCAUUUGCGGUUGAAUCGUCUCGUCGGGUCGAGCCUCAUUCGAUGAUGCCUUUGCCGUACUCGCCGUGUCUCCAAAAGUGGAAGCGGCUUCUUCUACUUCUCCAAUAUCGAGCACCAACUCUCAACCCUGGGCUCGGCGAUCCGCUCUCUCUCCUCCGAGCCAUGUCUGCUUCCUCCCAUCCCCUUGCCCUCACGGCGAAACGAGGAGCUCCGGAGCCACCGGCCGCUGUCGCGGUGCCGAUGGAGGACACCGUGCAAGCCCUAAUAGACUACCUCGUCCAGCCUCUCCUCCCCGCGAGGGCUUUCCCGCAGGCCUCGCCCUCGCAGGAGAAGCAAGAAUCCGUCGCCAGACAAAUGCACUCUGUUGUCCUUCUCUACAACUAUUACCAUAGGAAGCAAUUUCCGCAUCUUGUGUUUCUUGAUUUUAGAUCAUUCUGCAAACAAGCAACUAUAAGCAAACCAAGUCUUCUUAGUUUUAUGAAAUUCAUGCACAAAAAUGUGGAAUAUUCACUAGAUUUGGACAAAGAGCUCUCUAUCAUGGAAAAGGAGAUUAUGAGUGCAUGCAAUAUUGCCACAACUUUAGAUGCAUUGAAGAAUUCUACAAGUAUGAAUGGAUGGCCAGUUUCAAAGGUUGCUGUACUUCUUGUAGAUGUUGACCAAGAAAAAUGCUAUCUUGAGUGUAGUUCUAUAACUCAGAGAAUAUGGUCUUUGCCAGAACAAAAAUUAGACGAACCAAUUGCUAGUGUUAUCAAAUCUUUUUCUUAUUCCUAUCCCAACAAAUCAUUGAAAAGCUCACUUCAGCAGCUUGCAAUAUCUGCUGUGCAGCAAAAAACAGGUAAUUGCUCCUCAAAAUUCUGUGUUCUGGAAGAUCAUAGGGUAUACUCAUUUAAUGAUGAAAAGACAGCAACUAUGCUGUAUAUAAUGAAAUCUCUGGACACUGUUAAUGGUGCACUCAUUGGAUUUUCUAUUAAAGAAGUACUAAGCAGUUUGAGAGGGCCUCUCGUCAAAGCUGGCUUAACUCCUGAAGUCACUAAAGUGGUUGAGUACUACCAUUUGUUGCCAUAUGUUGAUAUAUUGUCUGAUUGGCUGUCGAGAGUAGCACCACAUUCUCCUUAUUUGAAUUCCCCGCCAAGGCAUCCAAUAGACGUGCAUAAUUUAUCGGAGGUAGGUGGACAAUCUACUAUGGUAGAUCAUGGGCUAAACAAGUCUUACAUGUUGCCGACAUUGAGAGAUGAGGCUGUAGAAGACAAUUCUACCAUAAAUGUGAACACCAACGAGAUAGGAAAACCAGAUGUGAACAGCGCUACAAUUAGCAAAUCACUAAAUGAACCAUCAUUUGCUGUUUCCAAUUGUUGCAAGAUCAAGAACAACACAUCUUCUGAUCAGUUGCAACAAUCAUCAUUGAGAAAGGAGGCUGCUGGAAGCAGGAAAAGUGUUAUUGCAAGCCCAUGUUUGAAUAAGUGCGGAAGUGAUAUCUACUGUUCUUCAGAUGGCGGUAAUGGUUGCACUGACAAGGUAGAUAGAACGGAUAUAAUAAAGAGACGGCGUCCAGAAGAAGUCAAUGCAGGAGAGAUCGUUGGCAGGAAAGACACUUCGAGACCUUGUCAAGAUGCCAUCGAUUCCUAUCAUCUGCCUCUUGAGCUAGUUGGAGAAAACCUUACAUCUGAAAAUAUUGAUGAACUUGAUCUUGCUGUGCCUUCCAAGAAACAUGAAGUGGUGCUUGCUUCCUUGAGAAUUCUUCAGAAGAGACGAGAUGAUUUGGUUCGAAGACACCGACAUUUGGGUGAUGAACUUGCUCAAGACGAGAUGAAAAUACAAGCAAUUCUAUCAGGGAAAUUGGAUGUUGAAUCAGGGAUUCAAACCUGUAAUGCUUUAUCCUCGAGCCAAACGCAUACAUGCACAUCUAGGUCCUUACCUUCUGAGAUUCAGAGCCAACAAGAGAUCAGAGUUAGGAGAUUUUCGGAAGCAAUUCUCAGAUCGAAUAGUCCUUGCCAGGAAUUGGACAACAUUUGUGUCCAGAAUGGCUGGAUAAUACCUAGAUACUGUGUGUUCCCAUCCAUUGCCAAUGCCAAUGAAUGUUUUCAGGCUAGUGUAUCAGUCAGAGGGAUUGACUUCGAAGCUAGUGUCGUCGGCAACUUUAGGAGCACUCCUUGUGAAGCACGAUUAUCUGCAGCUACUAACAUGAUAAACAAACUUCAUGCUAUGUCAGAUCAGCAAGCCCUGGCAUGAAUACAAUAGUUUGGUUUGUUUUCCUCAUCUCUUUCGGCAGACCGAAGACUGUUCCAUUAUACUUCCCCUAUCUUGUUCUUAACAUUGUUGCCCCUGAAGUACCACCUUGGAUGCAUCACUAACAUUUCUUAUCAGGUUUAGUAGAAGUGUGGGACUUUUUUUUUUGGAGUUCUGUGUGAUAGCUGUUCCUCAGCAUGUUCCUCACCUCGUCACAUAUUCCAUUAUCAAGUUCCGAGUAUUUAUAGCGGUUUUAAAA